GUACUCUUGUUCCUGUCGCCAUUGUUAUUGGUAUCCCAUUAACAAACCCUCAUCUUCUAAAUACCCCUCUCUCAACAAAAACCCAUCUGCCUUUCUUCCGAAAAGCACACUAGAAUUCCUUUUAUUUAAAAGCCAACUUUUCAUUCACUGCUUCGAUCGUUUGCUCAUCGGCCAUCAGUGAACUUUACUCCUCAACUUUCAACUUAUACACCCCGGACUGUCAUAUUUUGAUCAGUCCGAACAAGCCCAUCACGGCCUCAGAAACCACCACCUUAAGAAGUUUGAUCUUGCGGCGAGGUUUUCCACCUUGGCUUGCCUGAGACCGCUUAGACCGACUCUCAGUAUCAUUUAAAUCUACUUGUUCCUUCGGACACGAAUUAAUUCUUAUCUAUACGGACCAAACGUCCCGACUAAACGCUACCAACCACUUUCAAAACUACCAAUGCACCCCGUUGCUGAAACUGCUGUCAUGCCGCCUGACGUAAAGGGUAGGCACCCCGACUUUGAUUCUACUGUUCCAUCUAUGGAAUCCUCGCUCUCUAUCAGCAAUAAGCCCGUUCAUGAGGUCAUUCGUGAAAAGCUUGACUCUAUUCACGAUGACAGAUGGGAAGCUGAUGAAGAAAACUCCUUUUUUGUUGGAGAUCUUGGUGAAGUCUACCGCCAGCACUUGAGAUGGCAAGCUCUUUUACCAAGAAUCGAACCUUUUUAUGCUGUCAAGUGUAAUCCAGAUCCUAUGGUUGUCAAGAUGUUGGCCACCCUUGGAACUGGUUUCGAUUGUGCUAGCAAGACUGAAAUUGAGCAAGUCCUCAGCCUUGGCGUUGACCCUUCUCGAAUCAUCUAUGCUAAUCCCUGCAAGCAACGAUCUUUUAUUCGUUACUCUCAAAAGCAAAAUGUCAAGAAGAUGACAUUUGAUAACGCCGAAGAACUUUACAAGAUCAAGGCUCUCUUCCCUGACGCUGAGCUUGUCCUCAGAAUUUUAACCGACGAUUCCAACUCCCUUUGCCAGCUUGGCCUCAAGUUUGGCGCUCCGCUUGCCACUACUGGCAGACUUCUUAGACUUGCCCGAGACUUGGAUCUCAACGUCAUUGGGGUUAGCUUCCACGUCGGUAGCGGUUGCUUUGAUGCCAACGCAUUCGGUGAUGCUGUUUACCGCGCUCGUAAAGUGUUCGACGAAGGAGAGGAGCUUGGAUUCAACUUCACCUUAUUGGACGUUGGUGGCGGUUUCCCGGGUGCCGAUGUCCAAGAUGGCAUCACUUUUGAAAAGGUGGCUGCUAUCCUUGGUCCUGCUGUUGAUCAAAUGUUCCCUAGCAACAUUCGUGUCAUUGCUGAACCUGGACGUUACUACGUAUCCUCCGCUUUCACUAUCUGCGCCCAUAUUAUUGCUCGUCGCACCGUUGGUCGCGACGCUACUGAGCUUCACGGCGAGAGUGGUGAUGACCAUCCUGAGUACAUGUACUAUGUCAAUGACGGCAUGUAUGGAUCGUUUAACUGCAUUAUCUUUGAUCAUCAAGAGCCUGUUGCACAAGUGUUGCAAAAAGACAAUGUCUUCAUGGCUGAGGCCGAUUGGUCUAUCGAGCAAGAUUACAAGUGCAGCAUUUGGGGACCUACUUGUGACUCGAUUGAUUGUUUGAGCAAGCAAGCCAGCCUUCCUCAACUCGAUGUUGGCGAUUGGUUAUACUGGCAGAACAUGGGCGCUUAUACCAUUUGUGCUGCUUCCCAAUUCAAUGGCUUCAAGAAGAGUGAAGUCCAUUAUACAAAUACCUUCAUUUAGAUGAUAUCGAAUGACUGGUCAUUAUGACCUAGAAGAAUUACAACUUCUGACACGACUCUUUCUGUUUUACAUCAUCUUUGAACAGGAAUCCUCCCCACUCAAAAAUUUUUAGAAAAUAAAAAAUUUUGUUCGUUCUGUGUCUAUCAUCA